AUGGAGAAUAAUAGUAAACCCCAAGAUGUUGGCGAGACGCUGUUGACGGUUGGGCCCUGGAGACUGGGCAGAGCUCUAGGAGAAGGGGCAUCCGGCCGGGUUUGCCUCGGGAAGCAUCAGAAAACGGGACGGUUCGCCGCAAUUAAGGUUAUCAAUAAAAACAAAGCACAGGGAACGACGACUAGCAUCCAGGAAGCUGGUUGUGAUAUUCAGCAUGCCAUCGAAAGAGAGAUCGUAGUCAUGAACAUCCCAACGCACCCUAACAUGAUAGAGCUGUACGAAAUCUGGGAUAGCCGGGACGAGGUGUAUCUUGUGCUCGAGUACGUUAGUGGCGGAGAUUUAUUGCAAUACAUGACCAAGAAACGCUUUCUACCAGAGAAGGAAGUUGCACGACUUUUCAAGCAGCUGAUUACUGGCCUCUCGCACCUUCACCGGUUUUCUAUAUACCACCGAGACCUAAAGCACGAGAAUCUCAUGAUGGACCAACAUGGUAAUGUAAAAAUUGGAGACUUUGGCAUGGCGGCGUUGCAGCCGGCCGGUAAGAUGUUUACGAGUGCUUGCGGAUCCCCCAAUUAUGCAGCCCCGGAAGUUGUACAAGGUUUGCCGUAUAAUGGCUCAGCCGCGGACAUCUGGUCAUCGGGGGUUAUACUUUAUGGAAUGCUGACGCAUCAGCUUCCGUUUGACGAUCCGGAUACAUCUGCGAUACUGAGCCGGAUAGUUUGUGCGGAAUACAAGCUACCAAGAUCAAUCUCAUUUGAGGCAGGGGAUUUGAUAAAACGCAUACUAGAAUUGGAUCCGGCAAAAAGGAUUAAACUCGAAAAGAUACUCGAACAUCCGUUCAUCACGAAGUAUCAAAGCCUAGUUACAAGUGUUCCCCUAGGAACAGCCAUUCGAAACCACACUAUUCAGAACACCAGCAUACACAUAACCCUGAGCCAAGUCCAACGGGUAGAUAUGGAUAUCGUGGCCAAGCUGAAAGCGCUCUGGAUGACUCAAGACGAAGCAGCGUUGGCGAAAAAAGUAUUAUUUCAAGAGACAUCGCUAGAAAGGCUGUUUUACGACUUACUUCUCAUAAGACAUGUCGGAGGGCAGCCCACACAAGUUUCAAGCGACAUCAUUCUCAAAUUGACCACUAAUAUUGUCCCUCCUAAGCUUGAUCUCGAUGAUUUCUCUUUUACGAAAGUUGACCGGCGGACCCCGUUCUUAUUUUGGGGAACGCCUAUUCCCGUCGAGCUGGGUCCGAAACCUACAAUCCAAGAACGGGCCCAGAAAUUCAAAGAUCCGAACUUCCCUAAGACCCUGGGUGACGAAGAAAGGCUAUGUAACAAGACCUCAGGAAGCAAUAAUCAACCAGAAAUCCAUCAUAGUGUGCAGUCACCUUUAGCACCCCUGAUUGAAAAGACGAAGUGUGAACUAGAAGAAUACCCAGCCCAACCACCACCACCACCACCACCGCCACACGCAGAAAACGAUGACGGGGCCCAGUUGCACAUUCAGCUUGUUGGAGAAAAAAAAAGUGCUCUUGAGAGGAGGGUCGGGCAACUAAACGUUGUAAAAGCAUGUUUGGAAGUACUCUCUAGUCGAAACAUCUAUAAACGAAAGGUCCGAAGGAGUCAAUCCCGGCGGUCUGUAAUAUUCACGGGUAGUCAACUUGGGGUAGGUAACGCGGCCUGGCACCGAUUACCAGGGCUAGGCGAGCAGAUCCGAAAAACCGAUAUUCCCGCGUCAUCUAUGGAUGUACACAGGGUACUAGGGGGCCUACCGACUGUUGGACUGGAGAAACCUCAGGAAGGAAAGUUGGUUUACGAAGAAGGGAUAGCUGAGGAUGGGACAAAAUACCCACGCCCUAUGGGGAACGGAUCCCACGAUGAGCGAGCUCUACUGGCAUUGCUAAAUCGCUCUCAAAGAAAGCAAACUGUUUUUUCCCCUGAGCCGGUCACAAAAACUCGGAGGAGGUUUAAUUCCAUACUUAGUAUUUGGCAGUCGUAUGGAGCAGGCCAUGUUCGGAUGGACGGCCAAAAUAUUGUUUGGAGAGAUGCUACGGUGACAAAAGGGUCCAGGCGUCCGUUUGCUUGCAUGAUUCGGUUGGUAGAAUUGAAUGGUGGCACAGUUAUCACUGUUUCUAGAGAACGCGGGCCUGCAGCAAGGCUGAGUGGAAUUGUUGCCGAAUUUAUUGAGCUGCUAUUCGCUCACAAUAUCCGAGGGAGGGAGGGAUGA